UGGAUAUCCAUGUAGAGAACACUUCUCUAUUUCUAGCUCUCACUUCUAUACAUCUCUGGUCACAAUGCAGACCUCACGGAGACUCCUAUUUUAUGGUCUAUGCUUCUUCUUCAGCUUCUCUACAGUGAUAGCAAUUCGUUAUAUGCCCCCAGAAGCAAUUCAUUUUACUAAGUGCGACCCCGCUCUGAAUCAGUGUCCAGCCCAUUCCUACUGCGAGGAAACAAGUUACGGCUACUACUGUGCAUGUGAGAACGGCUUCAUGAAUGACAAGGAGAGGCUAACCAUCACUUACCCGGGAGGAGAGUGUCUUGAGCGCUGUAAAAAAGGAAAGACCUUCCCAUGUGCAUGUAGGAGAGGAUAUGUCUCUAAGGUGAAUGAAAAUGGACUCUAUGAAUGUACAGAUAAAUGCAAGGAUGACUCAGAUUGUCCCUUUGAAGCCUCUUGUAAGAAUACCAACUGCUAUUGUAAUCACAUUUGUAAGCCACAACAACCAAACUGCGUGACUUUGGUGAAAUUGGAUGGUGUAUGUACAGAGCCAACUACCACCAGGAGUCCAUUUUUGACAUCAAAUGUGGUAGACACAGCAGUGUACACACAAUCAGGAUCCCCGACAUCACAGCCAGCCCCACGUUCUACCACCACUCCAUUGCUGACAUCAAGCAUGAAUAUGGGAAACACUACCCACUACAACCAACUUACAACAUCAACAGUACAGAUAUCAGUAACAUCACACAGCAUAUCUCAAAAACCCCCAGAGAAGCCUGGAGCCACAACAUCACAACCAGAGCCAAGUACCACCUGGAGUCCAUUUUUUACAUCAAAUGAGGUAGACACAGCAGUGUACACACAAUCAGGAUCCCCGACAUCACAACCAGCCCCACGUUCUACCACCACUCCAUUGCUGACAUCAAGCAUGAAUAUGGGAAACACUACCCACUACAACCAACUUACAACAUCAACAGUACAGAUAUCAGUAACAUCACACAGCAUAUCUCAAAAAACUCCAGAGGAGACUGGAGCCACGACAUCACAACCAGUGAAUUACAGAUGUCAAAAUAAUUCCAUGACUGAGCAGGAGAUCGAGAGAUGUACAAAAUAUAAUAACGCGCAUCCGUCGUGCACUUUCUUAAAAUCCUUUGUGACUAUCACUGAAGAAACCUGUAAGAGAAAUAACACCAAUCGUGUCCAGAACGUGGCAUCUGAGAUCACUAACCUUCUCAAUCAAACUUUGAAAACAUUGGACAUCUCAGACCUCCAAACAGUUGUCUUUCCAAUAAUAGAGAAUGUGGAAACUGCACUACUGGCAUCUUUCUCUGCAGACCCAAGGAACCAACAAAUAAGCACCUCUGAAAUUGAGGCUGAGAUGAAAGUUACUCCUGACCAUUGUGGUAAAAGUUCUUCCUAUAACUUAAGAGUCCUUGGCAACGAAAUGCAAGUCCCGUGUUCACUUACGGACUUCGAAAAUGGUGGAGCCCUGCUUAUCUUAUACAAAGGUAUCAAUGACAAGUUAAAUGGCAGUAUUCUUGCCUCGUUUGGGAAUCCUGAUCAUAUAACUACAGAAGAAGUGAUCUCCCCAUUGGUUAGUGGAUCUAUCACACUUUCCAAUACAGAGAACCUAGACCCUCCAGUGACCUUUACUCUGAAACAUCUGACGGCUGUGAAGCCGCUCUACACUUUGCGGUGUGUAUUUUUGGACACACAAAAUAAUGUUUGGUCAACCUAUGGAUGUGAAAGUCAGCAGUCAGAGCAAGCGAACAGUACACGUUGUGUCUGCAGACAUCUCUCCACCUUUGCUGUCAUCAUGGCACCCACCAAAAUUCAGGUGGACGAUGGCUUAAGAAUUCUCUCUAUUAUUGGCCUCAGUAUUUCUGUUGUCUGUCUCUUUCUCACUUUUCUCACCUUUAUACUCUGUCGGCCCCUGAGAAGCGCUCACACUUCUGUUCUAACAGUUCUCUGUGGAUGUCUGUUCUUGGGCCAACUUCUCGUUUUGGUGGGUCUUCAACAAACCUGGAAUAAGAUCCUCUGUUCGGUUAUUGCAGGCAGUCUACAGUUCCUCUUCCUCUGUGCAUUCUGUUGGAUGUCCCUCGAAAGCAUCCUUCUCUUCAUGACUGUCCGAAACCUGCAAGCUAUAAAUUAUAUGAACUCUCAACGCUCUUACUUCCCAUAUGUCUGUUUGAUUGGGUUUGGAAUCCCCGUCAUCAUAUUGAUUAUAUCAGCAUCGUUAUAUCCAGACAUCUAUGGGGAUCAGACACAUUGUUGGAUCAAAAUAAGUCACAUCUGGAGUUUCCUUGGACCAGUCACUUUUUUUAUCUCAAUUAAUUUCAUUCUCUUGGUCCUCACAUUCUGGCUCCUCAGAAAGAAGUUGGCAUCUCUAAACUCGAAUGUCUCUACCCUAAAACAUACCCGCCUAUUGACAUUCAAGGCCUUGUCCCAGCUCUUCAUACUAGGUUGUACGUGGCUCAUCGGCCUCUUUCAGUUCGGAUCUGGCGCCAUUGUUGCAUCUUACAUCUUCACCAUCUGCAACAGUCUCCAAGGAUUGUAUAUCUUCCUUGUACACUGUCUGCUCAACCGCCAGGUACGGGAAGAGUACAGGAAAGGAUUUCACAGGCUUUGGUCUAGGACGACCAUUUCAGAAGCGACUGCUAGUACUGUGCAAAUGACUAUGAAACCAACCUCAGAGGCAUCAAGAGAAGAUCAUCUGCACAUCUUGGACGACAAAGAAUGCUUAGACUGAAUGGACUUCUCCACCUGUACAUCAUCAAGCUCAUAGAGCUCAAUAUGAACAAUUAGAAGAAGACAUUAGGACAACAACAAAUAAGCACCUCCCUGGGGUCAAGACAACAAAAUUGUAGUGGAGAAGAUCAAGGGUCCAAGGAAAUGAUUGUGAGGAGCAGCCUCCAUCUAUACAGAACAUCUGCACUUUUGCUAGCAUUGUAAUAUUUGCUGUCAUGCAGGACAUCUCACCAAUAAGAACUGAAUAGGUCAUCUUCUGCUGGACCUUUGGGGCCCAUUAUUGUGUCAGAGCCUGGGCUCACCUGAGGAUUCUGUGGUACCCUGACAGAUAUGUCCAAUCCUAUGGUCAAACUAUUUGCCAGGAUACAUUGUCGGCCGAGAUAUCCCUGAGGAACAAACAGGAACAUUUUCAGAUCAGACAAGUUUGCCCAUGAAGUCCACGAUACUAUAUAUGCAAAAAAA